UCUUUCCUCUCAACGGAUCUCACAAUUUCCCUAACACAAGCAAUUCAUCAAACACUUACACGCACUCUUCAUCCAACAUGGCAGCCAAUUCCCGGACGCUCGAAAUCAAGGUGAUCUCCGCCGAGAACCUGCAAUUAGAUCGAAAACCCAUCAAGAAAAACGCCUCCGUGACCGUCCGGACCGACACUAACGGCCAGUUUCGCACCACGGAGAUGGACACUGAAGGCGGCGCCUACCCACGGUGGAACGAAAAGCUCGUGCUCGACUUGCCAACGCACUCGAUGUCCUUCACGGUGGAGGUCCAAUGCAAGACUUCGUCCGGCGUCAGGACGAUCGGGACGGCGACGAUUCCUGCGUCAGAUUUUGUUGGCGGGUACGUGCCGCAGGGUUACUUGCAUUUUUUGAGUUACAGGCUGAGGAAUCACAAGGGGGAGAGGAAUGGGAUUAUUAAUAUUUCUGUGAGGAUGAAGGUUCAGGAGAUGUGCGCUUGUGCAAGUUCAACGACGUGGUCUCACUCGACGAUGGGGUUUCCGGCGGCUGGGAACAGUAGUUUUGGCGGCGGCGUUGUGACCGGAGUUCCGGUUUGGUAUGGUGCAUAUCAGAAAAAUUAUUGAAGAACCAAGUCACAAUAUUUUGUGCGUAAAUAUUAGAGGGUUUAGACUUUUGGUUAAGGAGAAUACAAACUCAAUUUGAUGCAUUUAUUUAAUUCAUUGUUACAACACUUACUGUUUUUGUUUUGAUUAAAAGAAUUUUUCUGAACAUAUUAUGGUGAUUGUAAUUCUUAUUAUCAAUUCUCAGAUGUAAUUGAUCUGGUAAACGAAAACGAGGAAUUGAUCUCA